UUAUAGAGCCGUGGGCAGAGUGAAGGAAACUCUGCCUGAAGGGGCCCGAAGCACCUAGUGAUAGUGGGAAAUUGUCACAUACAGGCUAAAGGGGCACAGGGAAGCAGCAGUCCUUUGCAGGGAGACCUCCUGGCAGGAUGUAUGGUCUCAGAGGGUCGAAACCACUGCCAGAGCAUUCUCGGAGGGGUGAGCGGUGGGGAAGGGUGAAUACCCUGAGCUUUCCCUCCUUCUGCCCUCUGAUCCCUCACUGUUGGCUCCCAUUGACCAGACCCAGCCCAAAGCCUGUCCAAGUGGCAGAGGAGCACGGGCAGCGCACUCCACUGGGAUCAGCUUUCCCGGGCCUACAUCAGGGCAAAGGGCAGAGAAUGAGCAGGAAGGAGGGCAAAUGGAGAAUAGGCUGCACAGAAGGGACAGUUCUUGAAGUGUGUUGCAAUCCCAGCAGCGGAGGGGUUUGGGGCAGCCCUUGGUAGGUAGGGGUGCUGGCAGGACUCUCAGGCUCUCUGCUCUGCCCUCACCAGGUCUUCACACGGUAUGGCAAGUGCUAUACAUUCAACUCCGGCCGAGAUGGGCGUCCACGGCUGAAGACCAUGAAGGGUGGGACUGGCAAUGGGCUGGAGAUCAUGCUGGACAUCCAGCAGGACGAGUACCUGCCUGUAUGGGGAGAGACUGAUGAGACGUCCUUCGAAGCGGGCAUCAAAGUGCAGAUCCACAGUCAGGAUGAACCUCCCUUCAUCGACCAGCUGGGCUUUGGUGUGGCCCCAGGGUUCCAGACCUUUGUGUCCUGCCAGGAGCAGCGGGUGAGAGGGCCACGGGAGGCUGGUCCCAGGGUGGGGCGUUGAGGGGGUGAGAUGGAGUGGUGAGUAAUCAACACAG